AUGAGGAAAAGAACAUUAUUGACGUUAUUCGUGUUUGCCUUAUGUCAUUGUGUAUCAGCAUCUAUUGCCAAUGGGUUAAAACAGAAAAGCGAUAAAUUCGUGAACAUUUUAAUGCCAAAGUACCAAGGUAAGAACAUGAUGGGCAGGACUAAAAAGGACAGUAGCAGAAUUGGGUACCGGUAAAAUAGGCGAGGGUAGACUUAAGUUGGAUGAAAAAAGAUAGGGCCAGACUUGAGUAAAGCUAAAAUGGGCAAAGUAGGGCUAAAAUAAGUGGGAGUAGGAUUGGGUAGAAUUAUAAUAAAAUGGGCAGAGGUAGGCUUGGGUAAGGCUGAAAUGACAGGGGUAGGCUUCAAUAGGACUAUAAUAAGCAGCAAAUGCUUGGAUGGGUCUGCGAGAGGGUAAAUUAUGCUUGGGUGCGACAAAAAUGUAUAAAAUUUUAAUUUAGAAAAACUCCGUGAAAUCCACAGAAACAAGCGAAUGUAUAAGAAUAUAGAUCUCGAUUCGAAUGACCUGGAUGAAUUCAAAAAGCCGAAGACAAGAAAAGAUUACUUGGCUUUGAAUACAGAGACCUUUACACAGCUAAAACUUUCAAAAAACAUGUCACAGUUUUUAGUAUCGGUAAGAAUUUAAUAAAAUCUAUUUCCAAAGAUACACAGUUUAAAAUACGUCUGAUUCACCACUUCGUUUUACCAAAAGUUUCGCAGAAUGAUAAAAUACGAUUCUUUUAUCUAAAAUUUCAUAGCAUAACAAUGAAAAUAUGCAUUUUACUGAAAAAAAGCGUUAUACCAGAAAACCUUUUAAAAAGUAUGUUGACUUUUAGUUAUUACGAGCAUCAGUGCAAAAACCAUCACGAAGAGAUAUCAACAAUGUGUUAGAUGAAUACAAAAGGCUAAGUCCGAAUGAGAAGAAGCUUUUGGGAAGGGCGGCGCCUUCUGAAUUUAAGAAGAUUGACGGUAAGGAUUGAUAGACAUUAGAAACGGGCUGGUCUACCUUUCGGGAUCGGCCCGUUUUUCAUCUUGCUCAGGCCCGGCCUUUCCCGAUCAGAAAUUCUUUGGCUUGGCUCGGUGUUUGUGUGGGAGAGUUGAUUUAACAAAAACCUACAUAACGCAGUUUUUCGAUUAAUAAUAAAAUGUCAUUUGCUUUGUUUUUAAGUUGCAGGACUUUAAAUAACCUAUUUUACUGUAUACAUAUAUGAAACAUGUUGAUAUUAUAUUUUUCAGACAUAUUAAAAAAGCAACCUCUGAAGAUUUAA